GAGAUUAGCGGCAUAGUUCGGACUAGCGGCGCGUGCGCUGGCCGUCACCAACGCCUCAUUCCACGUCACUGUGAUACUGAAACAAUAAACUACUAACAAAACUCGAACUGAUGUAUAUUACAAUUGAAAUAAACUGAACUAUGGCAGGCGUCUUGUUCAUAGUAAACGUCCCGCGCAAAGACUACGAAGCAGAACUAAACAGAGACAAAACUACUAAAAUAGUUAUUGAAAAGGAAAGGAGUCGGAAAACAUCCAAACUCGUCGACGAGUUGAAGGAAAACAAAAGAUUCAGCGGCUUAAGAUCUACCAUAGAAACAUACGCGCGGGAUGACGACAGCGUGGUUAUAUCCAAAUGCAAAUCAACAGACUGUUUGCAUAAGCAUGAUAAAGAAAUUGGUCUAUACAAGUGCAAAAGCGAGAAUACUCUUAACAUAAAGUCGAAUUUGAAUGAAAAGAAGAAGUUUUCGCGGUCGUCGUGGCGUGACAUAAAACAAGUGAUUAAGCCAAAAAAGAGUAAACUGAAAAUAACCCAACCAGGCACGGGAGUGGACAUUCUAGCUGCCUUCCAUUGGGAUACGCCGCUUGAAACAAUUCUCUCCGAAGUCAUACACCGGCUAGAUAUACAAAAUGCUGCAUGGAAUUCGGCUAAGAAUGAUCGAUUUUGGCAGGUGAUAUUCUCUCUGGAGUCAGGCUGCCUAUGUGAGGAGUUGCUGCAAGUUCUGAGGACAUUCGGCAUCGGAUCCAGGCACCAGUCGUCGGUCAGCGUUAUUCCCUGCGCACUCUACUACAACUCUCCUUUAGAAGAGAAGCCAACGAGUGACCGGGACAACGGGGAGCUCUGUCAAAAUGACUCCAACUCAGCGUGGUCCCGUUUCUCGUCAUCAGUUCGCGCGCGCACCAACCUCGCCCAAGUUCUGUAUGACGUGCGCGCCGAGGCGGCCCUGACCUUCGACUGGCUGUUCCUGUUGGUGGUCGCUGCCUUCGUCGCCGCCAUCGGCCUGGUGGAAAACUCUACUGUUAUACUCGUUGCCAGCAUGUUGAUAUCUCCACUUAUGGGUCCAAUCACAGCAGGAACGCUCGGCACAGCGGUCCGCGACCGCUCGCUGCAGCUGAUGGGGGUCACUCACGAGCUGCUGGGGCUGUUCCUGUCCCUCAUCAUCGGCUUCAUCUUCGGCCUGGCCAUCUGCGCCGUAGACGAGCGGUACGGCGUCGGCGACUGGCCCACCUAUGAGAUGAUGUCAAGAUGUGAAAUCCGGUCGCUAUGGGUUGGUGCUCUGGUGGCGAUACCAAGUGGCGCAGGAGUGGCGCUGGCGGUGUUGGGAGACUACACCGCGUCGUUGGUUGGCGUCGCCAUAUCUGCUUCUCUUCUACCACCCGCUGUCAACGCUGGCCUGCUGUGGGCGAUGGCGCUGGUCCACCUCAUCUUCAUGGACGAUGACACGCGCUGGACGACGGUGGUCAAGACAACCAUAUACAGUGACAAUCAACCGACGGAGCUGGCGGUGCUAGGAGCCGUUUCUCUGUGCCUGACGUUGGUAAACAUCGUCUGCAUAUUUCUGGCUGGAGUCGCUGUUUAUAAGGUAAAAGAAGUAUGUCCUCUGGAACGAAGAGACAUGUCCUGGUGGAGAGCUAACAGAAAUCUUCUGCAGACCUCAAGACGGAAAGACAGGAAGGAUACGAGUACCACAAUACCUUGGGACUUGUAUAACAAAUGGCGUAAUGAAGCCGAAGACAAGAAGGAUAGUAAGAACACAAUGAAAUGCCCAAGCCCCACAAUGGUGCACAGCGAUACAGUGACGUAUCGUCGCAACAGACCUCUAUUGAGGGCCCAGAACUUGGAAUCCAUGAUGGCCAUCAACCAUAAGAACCCUUUAUCAUCCGAGACCUACAUGCCCUUAGAUUUGGAGACAUCCGGUACCUAUACCUAUAAAAGUAAUGAUAAACCCGAAAUAAGCGACAGUGAAAACGGUGCCAAAAACAAAGACGUUAAGUACCCCUUCUUCAAUAUGGCUUUUGAUGUACCAGAAGACGAAAAUAAGAAUAUAGAUCACAAGGACCUACCGACCAUAGAGCCUUCUCUGAGCUACACGGUGGAACCAAAAAAAUACGGCAUAGUUUUAAGUAGCAAAUCUUUUGAUGUGUAAUUUUGAGAUUGUUCUAGAUUUCAUUCUUUAUACUACGUUACUGUUUUGUUUAACAUGUGAGUUUCGAAUAAAUACUUUUUACCAAAA